GCCCGCCCAGUCGUUUCGUUGGAUGGAUAUUCGCUUUGUGCGCGUUUUGCAGCCACGGCAGCCCAGCAUUUGAGUGAAACUCCGAGAGGGGCCGGUUCAAGUGUCUAGCGCACUGGUUUUUGUUGCAUCUUCUGUUUGCCGGUCGCUUCUGGUCGCUUCCGUGUGCACCAUGGGAAACGUCCUGUCGGACAGCAAUCUUUGCUGCGCCCGCUCCUCCAAAGUGAAGGCAGAACUCGAGAAGUUCAAGACCCGCCUGCAAAGCUGCAACAAGAAGUUGGACAGCCUCGUCCAGGAGGAAAUCGACUUGCUAUUCGGGGCAGUGGAUGUGGAUGGCAGCAAUGCCUUGGAUGCCGAAGAGACGAAAGUCUUGGUAGGCAAGCUGGAAGAGAGGGGAUUUGAGUUUGAAGGGGACAUCAGUGACUUCGACAAAGACGGUGAUGGGAACUUCGACAAGGAUGAGGUGUCAUUUGCAGUGCGGGCAGCCCUGCGAGAGCGCCCGAAGAAUCUGGAACUGAUCUCCAGCAAGAUUGAAGACAUCGACAUCUUGAGUCGUGAUGCCUGGGAUUUGAUUGAUGUGACGAGGGACGGGUUCAUCAGUAUCCCAGAGCUAUCGAUGUUCUACAGCGACUUAGGGAAGGUCAUGGACGAAAAGCCGCCAAGCUAUCAGGACAUAUUGGAACUUACGCGGAAGUACGACACAGACAGCGACAGCGUGCUAACGUAUGAGGAGUUUGAGAUGUUGUUCUGUGACUUCCUAUGCAGGACUGCUUUCAAGCCAGAGCAGUUUUCAGUUGAUUCGGGAUCUGACACGGAGAAGCCAUAGUUGAGGUUGGCUGGUGUCCCGCAGCGCCAAGAUUUGAGCCUUUCGAGCGCUUUGACAAACUUGGGC